UGGCAGUUGGCCUUUAUUGAGUGGAUGAAUGCUCAUAAUAUUUCUGCACCUGGACUUCCAGCAGAGGAGAGGGAGGACAUCUGGCUCUCCUCCACAUCCCCGCUGCCUUUUUCUGACUUUAUUUCUGCAGGCUGCGUGUGUGAAAAUGAAAAUUGCACAGAGCCUAGACGUGUGAUGGGGUUUAGCUGGAGCACUUGAAGUCCUCCCAGCCUGCUCUCUCUGGCGGGGCUGCGGCGCUCCCCCUCGUCUGUCAAAUCUGACGUGUUUUUCGCAUUUCCUGCACCAAGGAGACCUAGAGGGAUGUCCACGGGAAGUUAGGCUCAACAACAACAGCAGCAGCAGCGGCAGCAGCAGCGGAUGAGACCAGGCCCGGCGGCUGCUGGAGGCGCAUUAUUCCCGCAUCCAGCCUCCCCGCCCCUGCUGCGGCUGCAGCGGCUCCAGCGCCCCGCCGCGCCGUCAUCUCCGCGGAGCCGCCCGGAGCCUCCCGCCGCCCCGCCCCGAAGCUCCGCAGCACCGUGCACAUGGAGGUGCAAACCAUGACCCGGCGGCUCACAUCUGGGGCUCUGGCUGGGAGGUGUUUCUGCUGAAGACGCGUGUUUUUUGCUCCGCGGCGUCCCGAGGACGAUACCGGACCAGCGGUCGCUGCUCCGCCGCUCCCCGGCUGCAGCGCCGCCGCUCCCCGGCUGCGUCUCCGCCGCUCCCCGGCGCUCCUGCUCGGGGGUCCAGCUCUCUCCAUAAUAUCAAGGAUUUACUGUCAGGACUCCACAUAUGUGACUGGCUCCUCCACACUUGACUUGUUCCACCGGGACCAGCAGACCUGUUGGUUUGAUUUUUUUAAAAUUUGAUUUAUUUUAUUUUUGCACAUGUAAAAAAAAAACAACACUUCAUGAGAAGUUUAAGAAAAAAAAAAACAACAAAACAACGAAUUUCAUCCUUUAAAACUUGCUAUCUUGAUUUACAUGUGCCAAAAAAGGAGUAGUCCUGUGUAAAGUUAUUUAGUCCUACUAUACCCCCAUCCCUGACCAUGGUGGUCUUCAACGGGCUGCUGCGGAUCCAGAUCCGGGAGGCGGUGAGCCUGCAGCCCACGGCCUGGUCCCUGCGCCACGCCGUGGGCCCCAAGGCCCCCGGCUGCCAGCUGGACCCCUACAUGGCCCUGAACGUGGACGACUCCCGCGUGGGCCAGACCUGCACCCGGACCAAGACCAACAGCCCUGCCUGGAACCACGAGUUCACCACGGAGGUGCGGGACGGCCGCAGCAUCGAGCUGUCCGUCUUCCACGACGCGCCCAUCGGGUACGACGACUUCGUGGCCAACUGCACCAUCCAGUUCGAGGACAUCCUGCACAGCGGCGGCCGGCGCUUCGAGGACUGGAUUGAUCUGGAGCCAGAGGGGAAAGUCUACGUGGUGAUCGACCUCUCGGGAUCCUCCAGUGAAGCAACGAUUUCCAGCGACAAUGAGGAGCGGGUGUUUCGCCAGCGAAUGCGCCCCCGGAAGCGGCAGGGCGCCGUCCGCCGGAGGGUCCACCAGGUCAACGGGCACAAGUUCAUGGCCACAUACCUGAGACAGCCCACCUACUGCUCCCACUGCAGGGACUUCAUCUGGGGCGUCCUAGGGAAGCAGGGCUACCAGUGCCAAGUGUGCACCUGCGUGGUCCACAAGCGCUGCCAUGAGCUCAUCAUCACCAAGUGUGCGGGGAUGAAGAAGGACGACACGGUGGUAGAGUCAGUGGGCUCUCAGAGGUUCAGCGUCAACGUCCCGCACAAGUUCAGCAUCCACAACUUCAAGGUCCUGACAUUCUGCGACCAUUGCGGGUCGUUGCUGUGGGGGCUGCUGCGCCAGGGCCUCCAGUGUAAAGUGUGUAAAGUCAACGUGCACCGGCGCUGCGAGAGCAACGUGGCCCCCAACUGUGGCGUGGACGCCAGGGGCAUCGCCAAAGUCCUCUCAGACCUGGGAGUCACGCCGGACAAGAUCUCCAACAGCGCCCACAGACGGAAAAAGCUCCCUCAGGCUCAGGACCCCCAGCAGCCGUCAGCAGAGACGCCUCAGCCCGAGGACGACCGCUCCAAGUCCGCCCCCACCUCCCCGUGUGACCAAGAUGUGAAGGAGCUGGAGAACCUCCGCAAAGCUCUGUCCCUGGACCACCGCGGAGACGAGCACAAGCCCAAGCCUCUGCCGUCCUCGCCCUCCGUCCCCGCGGUGUCCAGCAACUCCCCCGGGGGAGGAGACGGGAGGGGAGGAGGGGACGGAAACGGCCACGGAGUGGCGGGAAAGGAAGGCCAGGAGAACGGAGAUGUGAAAGGUCACAGCGCUCCGGAGGCCAAGAGGAUGAACCUGCACGACUUCGUCUUCAUCAAGGUUCUGGGGAAAGGCAGCUUUGGAAAGGUGAUGCUGGCGGAGCUGAGAGGCACGGACGAGGUCUACGCCGUCAAGGUGCUGAAGAAGGACGUGAUCCUGCAGGACGACGACGUGGACUGCACCCUGACGGAGAAGAGGAUCCUGGCCCUGGCCCGGAAACACCCGUACCUGACCCAGCUGUUCUGCUGCUUCCAGACCAAAGACCGGUUGUUCUUCGUGAUGGAGUACGUGAACGGCGGCGACCUGAUGUUCCAGAUUCAGCGGUCCAGGAAGUUCGACGAGGCCCGGUCUCGUUUCUACGCCGCCGAGGUCACGUCGGCCCUGAUGUUCCUGCACCGGCACGGCGUGGUUUAUAGAGACCUGAAGCUGGACAACAUCCUGCUGGACGCAGAGGGACAUUGCAAGCUGGCCGACUUCGGGAUGUGCAAGGAGGGAAUCCUGGACGGAGUCACCACCACCACCUUCUGCGGGACGCCGGAUUACAUCGCACCGGAGAUCCUGCAGGAGCUGGACUACGGCCCGUCGGUGGACUGGUGGGCGCUGGGCGUGCUGAUGUACGAGAUGAUGGCAGGACAGCCCCCGUUUGAAGCCGACAACGAGGACGACCUGUUUGAGUCCAUUCUCCACGACGACGUCCUCUACCCGGUGUGGCUCAGCAAGGAGGCCGUGUCCAUCCUGAGAGCGUUCAUGACGAAGAGUCCGGCCAAGCGUCUGGGCUGCGUGGCGGCUCAGGGUCUGGAGGAGGCCAUCAAAGUCCACUCCUUCUUCAGAGAGAUCGACUGGACGCUGCUGGAGCAGAAGAAGGUCAAGCCGCCGUUCAAACCUCGCAUCAAAACCAAAAGGGACGUGAACAACUUUGACCAGGAUUUCACCCGUGAAGAGCCGGUUCUGACGCCCGUGGAGGACAGCCUCAUCAAGCAGAUCAACCAGGAUGAGUUCAAAGGAUUCUCCUACUUUGGGGAUGAGACUGCAGCUUAGGCCCCGCCCACCACACCACACAACCCCUCCAAAACAAAAAAACCCCACAAUAUCUAAACGAACACAAGCCCCUCGACUGUCCUGCUUCCCGACUACUCCAGGAGUUAUACUAGCCCCCCUGCGUUUGUCCUGGACCCGUGUGCUGUUGCUUCAGCAGCAUGUCUGACUGCAGGUGGAGAACCAGGCAACGCUGUCAGCGUGUGUGUGUGUGUGUGUGUGUUAGUGUGUGUGUGUGUGUGUUAGUGUGUGUGUGUUAGUGUGUGUGAGGCGGAGAGAGAGCGCGCGUGCAUGUGCUGUUGCAGAGUCUCCCACAAUGUGCUGUAUCCUAUCCGUCUGUGCAUUUCAAGAAUGUCCUUUCUUCCUUAAACAUGUAUGUGAAUGGAAAAACUCAUGGAACCGAUGAUUGUAUGUAAAGAUAGGAAACAAAAAGUCUCGAAAAAGUACUUGAUUCACCAUGAAAAGAGAAGCCGGGAUGAGGCACCUUUUACUUUUCAGAAGAAGGAGGCUCCAUCGCUCCAUCAUUUAUCUCUCACCCUCUGAUUCCAGUUCUUCAUUUAAAGCCAAAUGGUACCGUUAGACCAAUAGUAGCUCUGCACUGGGAGCGUUCAGCUGUCCAGCGAGCCUUUCUCAAUCUGACGUGAUGCUCGAGGCUCGUUUGAUGAAGUGAAGCAACCGCCCGAGACCUGAGUUAUCAUCCAAGCCCUUUAAGAAGUCUGUUUAUUUUAGUUCAGGGGGUAAAUCUUGACAGGUGGCCUGUACCGCGGAGCAGGGCUCGCGUCUUGCCCGAGUGUAUCGCCAUGGCAACCUUUGCUUGAAGCCCAAACCGGUCUGGAUAAGGGAGGUCUGAGGGAUACACUACAACAGCUCCAGUUUCCCAGGUCUGCACAUGCCUGUUCACAGCAGGCGGUUUCAGAGGGCGGAGUCAGGUGUUCCAGAUGUUUGGCAGGGAAAUCAGUGUCACAACUUGACGCGUCCCUCUUCAGGGGAGCAACGCAGGCAGUGGUCUGAUGAUAAACACGAGGAUAUUGGAAUAGAUAGAUAAUUAUCCUCUAAUCUGAGUCUGUCAUGUCACAUUGAACCCACCCACUGAGAGACAUUUUCUUACACUUCAGCAGCCCCUAACUAAGAGUGCUUUCAGACCUGUGGCCCGUUUGUUUUGUUCCGAUUCAGGGGAUAAAUCGAUACAGUUGUUUCGUUUUUCAUUUCUGGCAUUUGUGUUCACAAGGCAACCGUCUGCAGCGGUUCAAAGCUGUUAACAAAUGCCAUGAGAACAAACUGUUCUCUCAUUGGUCAGAAAUUAACACGAAGGAGUUUCCUCUUCCGCACCCCGGGAAAAACAACAACUACACUGCAAAAACUCAAAAUCUUACCAGGAAUAUUUGUCAUAUUUCUAGUUAAAAUGUCUCAUUUUUAGUCAAAAAAUCUCAUUACACUUAAAACAAGAGUCAUUACCAGAAAAAUAACUUGUUAUUUGACAAUUUUCACCUGUGUCAAGUAAAUUUUCACUUGAAAUAAGUAGGAAAAUCUGCCAGUGGAACAAGAUUUAUCUUCUCAU